UGUAAUUAUAAAAAUUUAUUAACUAUUCGCCUCAUAGUUUCUAGAAGUUGGAGUUUUUAAGAGUAGCAAGAAGGCUUGGUUGGACGUGUUUAUAUCUUACCUCGGACCAACUAAUAAAACCUCGAGUCUGUGAUAGCUCACAAGCUAUCGUCAUGAGGUUAUAGAACUAAACGAAGCUCGCCAGAGUUGUAUGUACAGAUCUAAGUUUGAAGCAAAUCCGCAAAUCCGCAAAGAAAAAUAGAAAAAAAGAAAAAAAGACAAUGGCGUUCAGUGAACUCGCCCCAGACUGGUGGCCCUUCUCAGCCGGCACCGCGGCCAUCGUCACCUUCAUCACCGUCUACUUCGUCGCAUACCAACUCUCGUCGCGGAAGACCGAUCCGCGCGAGCCCCCCGUCAUCGCGCCCGCCAUCCCCCUGGUCGGACACCUGCUAGGCAUGGCGCUGCUGGGCGGGCGGUACGUCAAGAACCUCGGCAUCCGCAACCGGCAGCUUCCCAUCUUCACCCUGCCCGUGCCCGGGUCGCGCAUCUACGUCGUCACGGACCCGUCCCUCGCAGCCGCCGUCCAGCGCGCGUCCCGCAUCCUGUCUUUCAACCCCGUCGUGCCCGACGUCGUCCAGCGCGUGCUCGGCCUCGACGCCGCCGCCGUCGACAUCACCCGCAAGAACCUCGACCCCGGCCCCGGCCCCGGCGCCGAGCGCGGCUUUCUGCCCGACAUCCAGGACAUGGUUUCCGCCUGGCUCGGCCCCGGCGAGUACCUGGGCGAGCUGAGCUUGGACGCCGCCGCCGAGAUGAAAUCCGAGAUUGCUGCGUUUGCUGCGUCUCCCUCCUUGGGCCGUGGCGCCACCGACCUGCUCGCCUGGGUGCGCCACCUCGUCACCUCGUCGACCGCACGGUACCUCUACGGGCCGGAGAACCCCAUCGCGCUGGAACCCGCGCUCGAGGGCUCCUUCUGGGACUUCGACCACGGGCUGGGCGCGCUGCUCGUGAACAUCGUCCCGUCCGUCACCGCGCGCCGGGCCUACGCGGGCCGGGAGAAGCUGUCAGCCGCGUUGCUCGCGUAUCUCGAGGCGGGGCGACACAUAUCCUGCGGGUCGAAAAUCGUCCAGAAGCGCGUGGACAUUGCGCUCGCGCACGGCUGGGCGACGCCUGCCAUCGCGCGCGAGGAGCUUUCGUUCCUCUUCGCCGGCAUCGUCAACGCGACCACCUCGACGUUCUGGAUCCUGCUGCACCUAUACGCCGACCCGGCGCUCCUCGCCACCGCGCGCCGGGAAAUCGAGUCCGUCCUCUCAGCGCGCACCGCCAAGCCAAGCUACGGCCUGCGCGUCGCUGAUCUCCGGGACAAGUGCCCCGUCCUCGUGGCCGUGUACCGCGAGUGUCUACGCCUCGGAUCCGACACGUACUCGACGCGCGUCGUAAAGGAGGACCACCUCCUCGCGAACCAGUACUUCCUGAAGAAGAACGCAGUCGUGCAGAUCGCGGGCGGCGUGAUCCACGCGGACCCGCGGAUCUGGGGCGCGGACGUCUCCGACUUCAACCCCAGGCGGUUCCUCGACAAGACCAACAGCAACUCCGAUGCCGAGGCCCUAAACCCCGAAGCCAGUUCUAAGCCCCGACAGAAGCAGAGCAACGCGUUUCAUCCGGCGGCGUUUCGCGCCUUCGGCGGGGGCAAGACGUUGUGUCCCGGCCGCCACUUUGCUAUGAAUGAGAUCCUGGUUUUCGUUGCGUUGGUAGUGUUGCAGUUCGAUAUGAAGCCUGCUCGCGGUGGGAAGAUCGAGGUGCCACCGAAGAACGACGGCGUUUUGCCCGUGCAUAUUCUGGAGCCGGGGCGCCCUGUUGAGGUCGUGAUCUCGAAGCGUGAAGAUGGAUUCGCCCAGGGCGGGUUGGAUGUCGAGUUUGCUAUGUGAUAGUAGGGAGGGUUAUCGCCCCUAUACUUAGGAAGAGUUUCUAAGAUGUCUAUACGAUGAUGGCUAUGGCGAUGAGUAUAUAUGGGUUAUAUGAGAAAUGUUUUUACUGGGUGUAGGGCUACACUGGCAAGGACUUAAUAUAGGUAGGUAGUGUAAGACCGCGAGAACGUGUAUAUAAUUAAUUAAUAUAUAUCUCUAUGAGAUCAGGUUCUAUAUAU